UUUUUAAAAGAGUUACAUCCCUUUACGAACCGUUUGUAUUGUUUUGAACAAUCGAAGAAGAUUUAAUUAACUAUUAUUUAUAUUUUCAACAAUCGGUUAUAGGGCACAUAAAUAGGGAAUCUAUAUUUAAAAAUUUAGCUCAAUCAUUCAUGAUUAAAUGAUUGGUGAAUUAUUGGAACCAGGAUGACUGACAGCACAGACAACAGUGAUUUCGAUCUGUAUGACGAUCUGCUAGAGCAAGAUCAUCAGGAGCAGUCAGCAACAUUUGAAGAGUCCACAUCAGAGCCAACCAGUGGGAGAGACAUCAAUGACGGCAGGGACGAUACCUUGGUCAGCAAUAGGGAUCUGGACCUGUAUGAAGAUCUAAUAGCCCACGACAAGCAGGAGCAGUCAGCAUCAAAUGAUGAGUUAAGCAGGCGAUUUGAAAGUGCUUCUGAGUUGGUCCAACAGUUGGAAAGUGAAAAUAUCAGUCUGAAACAACAGCUUUUGAGUCAACAAAACCAUGUGAAAGCGUUGCAGCAGAACUUUGCUCAUCUCCUGAAAACUGCACGUGGGGAAAUUGCACGCAAGGAAAAGGAAAUAGCAAACCUAAGGCAAGGUCAGAAGCCCCCUCCACACAGGGGGAAUAGGCAGCCUGCUCCCCGAAAAAGCAGUGUGGACUCCUCCUUGGAUUCUACAUUUGAGCCACUGUUUGUGUCCAGUCCAUCUACGAAUACUUCCCAGAAACCUGAUGCUGGAGUAAAACCUUUUCUGAAUGAACAUACCGAUAGAAUGGAAAGUUCAGGAUCUAAAGUUUUUAGCGUUGCUCCUCAGUGCACUAAAGAAGUGCUUUCAGUUAAAAGAACAGUCAGCGUCACGCCUAUAGACUCAGGCAGUGCCAGUGAGGACAAUACAAUUGUUCAGUAUAAUCCAAAUGCCAGUGAAACACUGUUCUCUAGAAGGAAGAGACUGAUCAAUUCUGGGAAACAUAAGAACAGAGUUGAAACCAGUAAUCAAAUAAUUGAUGAUAAAAUCAUUGAUAAAGAGCAUGCCUCACAAAAACAUUUAUCGUUAAUUGAAAAAAACAGUUCCAUUAAACCAGCUAACUCUGCAGUAGGAAUUGCUCAGGGUCUUCAGCAAUCAUCUUGUGAUAGUAAAAUAAGACUUCGUGAUGAUGUUAUUAACUCUGCUGGAAAUCUUUCAUUAAAUGAAAGUAAACAAACCUCUGAAGGUUCUAGUAUAAAGGAAGUGUCAGGUUUCUGUGAUAACUCAACAAACAGUUUCAGAAAAGAUUCAAGUUCAGCUGUAAAUUCUGCUUCAGUAGCAGACAGUUUGUCAUCUGUUCAUGAACAAAGCACCAUUUUAAGCAUUAGCAACAGUGGGUUAUCAGAAGAGUCUAUAUUAAAUAGAAAAAGUGCAGCGGCAAAUUGCAUGACAUCACGGGCAUUAGUUGGCAUUCCUGAUGAAGGAAUAUCAGUAGCAAGAAAACCACAGCUUCUGAAACACGUCACACAUCAUGCCUGCUUGCACAUUGGCUGUACAAUAAAAAUAAAUCACCUACAUCCCCAUGAUCUAGCUCAAAGUGAAUCCUUAACAAAUCAUGAUAUAUCAAUGGACAUAAGUGAUAGUGAUGACCCAAAUGACUUACAAAAUGACUUACAUAGCACACUCAGCAGUGACAUUGGUGUCCAAGAGAAAAACCAAGUACAGAACAAAGAUGUAAAACAGAACAGAUCUAGUGACAUUAUUGAAAUUGGUUACAAACAUGACAGACUGGUCAGUGACACUGGAGUCGAACAAAACAGCGACACUAAUGACACUGGUAACAAACAUAACAGCCACAUUAAAAGCACUGGUGCCAAACAAAACAGCAAAAGCAAUGACGCUGGCAUCAAACAAAAGCAUCUUAGUAACCCUGGUGCUCUGGAAGAUUUACAUCACAGUGGUUCAAACCCCCAUGGAAACACAAAGCAAGAUAUCCAAAUAAAAGAUCAUUUUUCAAAACAACAAAAGCACAGUAUAGACCAAGUGAAGGAUAAUGUGACUAAACUGGACAAGCACAGACAAGAUGUUGAUUCCAAAGUGGAUAAGCAGAGAAAAAAUGAUGUAACUAUUCAGGACAGGCAUGGAAAGGAUUAUGCUACCAAAGUAGACACUACCCAAAAAGAUGACAGUACCAAACCUGACAAUUACAGAAAAGAUGAUACCAAACAUGAAAAACACAAAACAUAUGAUGACACCAAACAAGACCACCUCAGAAAAUAUGUUGGGGUCAAAGACAACAAGCAGAGAAAAGAUGAUGAAACUAAACAGGACAAGCGUGGGAAAUAUUAUGCUACCAAAGUAGACAAUACUGAAAAAGAUGAUGAUGCAAAGCACAGAAAAAGUGAUGGAUCCAAACUGGACAAGCACAGAACAUAUGAUGAUUCUAAACAACAUGACCAGCUGAGAAAAGAUGAAGGUACAAAAGUGGACAUGCACAGACAAAAUGGUUAUAUCAAAGUGGACAAGGACAGAAAAGAUGAUAGUACACACGUUGUGAGGGACAGUAAUGGUUCCAAAGUUGACAUGCACAGAAAAGAUGACAAUACAAACGUGAACAAGGACGUUGAAGGUCAUGGUUCCAAAGUAGACAAGCAUAUUAACGAUAAUUCUAUCAAACAGGACAAAGGCAAAAAAUGUGAUGAUAUAAAAUAUGACCCGCUCAGAAAAGAUGAUGGUUCAAAAGUGGACUAUCUCAGAAAAGAUGAUAAUAACAAACAGGACAAGCACAGGAAAGUAGAUAGAACCACAAUGGACAAAAAUGGUAAAGGUAACAGUACCAAACAGGACAAUAGGCGGGAUCAUUCUAAACUAGAGAAGCAACUCAAGGAUUUUGGUAACGAACAUGACCAGGUUAGAAAAGAAGAUGGUUCCAAAGUUGUCAAGCAAAUCAAAGGUUAUAGUCCCCAAGGGGAAAAUCACAGCAAAGAUGAUUAUUCCAAAGAAGACAAGCACAGUAAAAAUGUUGGUGCCAAGGACAAGGAUGGUAAAGGUGACAGUACCAAACAAGACAACCACAAACAAGUUGGUGCUAAGCCAGACAAGCACAACAAAGAUCUUGCUCCCAAACAUGAACUGCUUAGAAAAGAAGAUGGUUCCAAAGUGGAUAAACACAUCAACGAUGAUUGUUCUAAAGUGGAAAAAUACAGAAAAGAUGCUGGUUCUAAAGUACUAAAGCUCAGAAAUGAUGAUCAUACCAAACUUGACAAUAGCAGAAAAGACAAUGAGUCACAAGUGACCAAGCACAAUAAAGAUGCAGGUACUAAACCAGACAUACGCAGAAAAAAUGACAGUACUAGACCAGACAAACACAGCAGAAAAAAUGAGGAAUUGAAACAAGACAAGCACAACAAAAAUGAAGGUUCCCAGUUCAAUAAACAUACGAAAGAAGAUGGAAUCACACCUUGCGAUCCCAGAACAGAUGAUGGUUCAAAAUCAGAAAUGCCAAACAGUGGUGUUGGUUCAAAACUGAAGAGUCACAGCAAAGAUGAUGGUUUCCUUCCAGAGAAGAACAGAAAAAAAUAUGGUUCUGAACCAAACAAGCCCACCACUGAAUAUAGUACAAAAUCUAACAAGCACAACAAAUAUGAUCAAACCAAACCAGAUAACAAAAUUGAAAAUGGCAGUUUCAAAUAUGACAAGUACAACACAAAUGAUGGUUCAAAACAAGGCAAUUAUAAAAAAGAUGUUCAAACUAUAGAAGACAAGCUAAGCAAUGACGAUGUCACCAAGCUUUACAAGCACAACAAAUAUGAUGGUACAAAAAAUGAGAAUUACAACAAAGACUCAGGUAGUGACCAAGCUAAGCCCAACAAAGAUCAUGGCCCUUAUAAUGGCAAGCACAACAAUGAUAAUGGUCCUAAAACUGACAUCGACAACAAAGAUGAUGGUUCCAAAGUGGACAGGCACAAAAAAGAGGAUUGUACCAAACAGUUCAGCAAAGAUCCUGAUAACAAACUGGGUAAGCACAACAAAGAUGAUGAUUUAGAUGGUGCAAAAAUGGAUACCAGCAGCAAAGACAAUGAUACUUAUCAGGAGAAACACAGCAAAGAUGAUCAAACCAAUCAGGAAAAACACAACCAAGAAUUUGAUGCUAAGCAAAACGCGUAUAGCAAAAACGAUGGUAAGACACAGAAUAGUUAUAGAAAAGACCAUGGUUCCAACUGCAAAGCAGAUGAUAAUAAAAAGAAAAACAGCUGUGAUGAAUUAAUAAACAAAGAUAGGGAUUCCAACCAGACCAUUCCCAUCAAAGUCAGUAAUUGUGCUAUAGAAAAUUGCUACAGCAAAGACAGUGGUAAUAACAACAGGCAGUUGAGUAAAGAGUGUUGUGCCACAACUGACAUUUUUGACAGUGACCCUGAAGGCCAGCAGAAUAGUGACUGCAUAUCAAAACAAUGUAGUGAAAGCAAAAGCAGCACUGGUAAAAAGAAGGUCUCAAGUAUUGACAAAAACGACAUAAAUAGUAAUGACGGCAAAAGGGAUGAACAUUGCAAAGUAAUUAAAGAUAUUAAGAGGCCGUUGUUGAAAGAAAAUGUUGCAAUAAAACAUGCAUACUCUAGUUUGCAGCCUGAAAUAAAAAAACGAAAGUAUGAGGUUAAAAGAGUACCAGAACAAUGCACAGAUACAAGUUUGUCUCCUCUGCUUUUGAAAUUAGUCAAUGCAGUCUACCAAGAACUGGACAACUGUGUUGGACAUAACACUUGUUUAGGUAACAUUGCUUUAACACAGAGAGAUUCUUGCUCAGAAGAUAUUGUCAUGAAGCAGUGUGGUUCUCUUUCAGAAGACAAUGUAAUAAAGCAGAGUGUUUUUUGUCCAGAAGACAUUCCAUUGAAGCAGAGUAGUUUAACUGAAAAUAAUUCAUUGAGACAGAGUGUGUCUAACUCAGUAAACAUUUUAUGCAAACAGAGUGAUUCUUGUGUGGAAGAAAUUUCUUUGAAAAAUUGUGAUUCCAUAGAUAUUGUGGCUUGUGAUGACAUUAAUACUGUAGGUAAUGUACAAGAUACAGUGGAAGAAAAUCCAAGGGCACCAACAGAGUAUCAAUGUGACGAAGGGAUAGAAACGACGUCAGAUGUAGAUAAAAACGUACUUAUCAACAAUCCGUCUGAUAUUUCACACGAAAACCAGAGUUCUAGUGAUGAAAUGACUGCUGAGGAGGAAUUUUCUGGGUCAGAAGUAUCUCUACAUGAAGAUUCAACAUACUUCUCAUCAUCUGAUGAAUCGUCCUGCUCUUCGUGUUCAAGUUCUUGUUCUUGUUCUGACUCAGGUACCAACCUGUCUUCUGAAGGAUCAGAUAAUUGUUCAGAAAAGUCGAAAGCCAGGUAUGUGGACAUUGCUAAAGAUAACACAGGGCAGCUUAAUGAACCUCAAGUUUAUGCCACAGCAAAAAUAUCUAUCACUGAAGGUAGCAGAGAGCAGGGGAAGAUUAUGUGCCAAAAUCCAACCAAUACAGAUAAUCAACUAAAUGGCAAACAGUCAGAACCGGAAGUAAACAUGUCUGGAUCUAGUUUAAUUUUCAAUAAGUCUAUUGGUAAUCCAUAUUUUGAAGUAGAUGAGGCCCCAGUGUUUUUGACGCAAAAACAUAUGGAAUCAAAUGAUCAUAAAAUGAACUCCAAAGUGUUAGAGAAUCAUAUAAAAAUCAUCAAAGGUAAACAAAUUAAAAGUAAAGGUCCACAAAAGAAUUUGUCAGUGAGUCCAAAUGUAAAGAAAGCAGACGUCAAAAUACAUACCAAGUCAAGUACUGACACUUCUACAGAUAGGUUCCCACAACCAACAAAUGGGGAAAAUGAUAAAUUAUUUGCCAACAUUUUACUUCUAGAUGAUGACACUAUGGAUUUUGUUGAUUAUGAAGAUGAUGAUCACCUACAAAAAUAUGAAAGUGAAGCAACACAUCAUGAUGCACUGAAAGGGAAGAAGAGAACAUCUAAUGAUAAAAUCAGUACAAUACAAAAAGAGGAAGGUGAACUAAGUUCAGACGACAACAGCCAUGAUUCAUUUAAACAAGGAGAAUUAAUUAACUUACAGAAUACUGUUAAAAGUAUUGAAAAUUUAUCAGAGACAGUAAAAAGUAAAAAAUUAAGCAUAAGUCCCAUUAAAUUUCCAGAAGGUGUGAAAAGGAUUGGUAAAAGAAAUAAUAACAUUUAUGAAAGUUCGAAACAAAAAGAAAACCUGAAAAUAGAAAAUAGGGUAAGCGUGAUGGAAAAGUCAUACACACGCAAAGAAGAAAAAUCUAAAGACAGUAGUUACAAAACAGAGAGUAGAGAGCUGUACAAACACAAGCCAAUAACAUCGCACAAAGACGGAAGACGAUCCUCUCCGAGAAAGAAACCUCACUAUUUUAAGGAGGUAACCUCUCCAAAAAUUUCAAGGAGAUCUUUUUUAGAUGAUUCAAAGGAAAGACCAAGAAUGCAUCAGAGGCAUGACUCAAAUUCUCCUCCUUGCAACAAACGAAAAGUUCUGGACGAGAGAUCGAAACAGGUUGGCAAAGAAAGAAAAUAUAUUUUCAGUCCUAAAGACAAAGUUAAUACACAACAUGAUGAUGGGGUUUCCAGUAAAAAUAACUUAAGUAAAACAAGAUCACCAAGAUCCAGCAGUAAACAUGAAAGCAGGUCUAAUAAAAGUCAAAUAUACAGCAAUUCCAGUAGACAUGAUCAGGAAAGACAUAUUCAUCAGUCCCGAACACCUACGAGAAAACGGAAAAGGCACUCGCCUGAUGACCGCUCUCUGUCUAGUGGAAAGAGAUAUCACCCAAGACAAAGGCGUACUUCUGGUGAUUCUGAUGUUUAGAAAGCCUGUGCAUUGAGAAAACAACUUUAUUUUGUGUGCCGAUUAUUGGAUAGAAACGUUUGGGUGAUAUAUUUUUUUACUGAAACAGGCCAGUGAAUAAUUGAAAAUAGCGGUAAAUUGUUGCCUGGAAGUUUUUUCGAGGAACCUUUGUAAUAAAACAUACGGGUUAAUUAUUGUAUUGGAAUAUUUUGUUGAAUAACUGGAAUGAAUUUGAGUGUUUACUGAGGUUCCCCUUGACAUUUAUUUAUUACUCUAAUUUUAAAGUUAUGUGUUAUUAUUAUAUUAAAAUUCAUACUGCAGUAAGCAUAGUCAAAUCAUAGGCAUGUGAGCAUGAAUAGAUCUUGACUUUGUUAUUUCAUGUUGUAAAUAUGGCUUAUUUUUAUUUAACACAUUGAUAUUGUAUAUACUUUUAAGUUUUGUGUAAAACAUAAUAUUGAAUGGAUGAAAACUUCUAAUUAGCAUUAGCAGUAUUAUGCUAAAAUUAGAACGCAUUUUUUUUGUGAUUCGCCAUGUUUGUGUGUUGGUUAUUUUCAGUUCAGUCAUAAUAAUGUAUGAUUCCUUCAUUGUACUUGGUAUGGCUGUUGUUAAUUCUUUUUAACUUAUAUUUUUACCAUGAUAUGUUUAGUCUAUUUACAAAUAAAAAUAGUGCAAUUUU